AUGCCUUUUGUGCUGAAAUCCAUUCUUGAAUCAUUCACACUUUCGUUAUUUCAGAUGACAGAGAGAAUAUGGAGUGAAAGCUUAGAUGAGAAAUCCAAAAUUUUGAGGACAGAGUGGGUUUUACAAUUCAAUGCUAUCUACAAUCUGGCUGGCUGGUGGAGGGUAAAGUUUCUGGCCCUAGUAAUCAAGUUUUGGCUAGAACUGGACGGACUAAUCAUGAUGUAUGCCCAUGUCAUUGACAAUCCAGAUGAUACUUAUGUCAGUAAUCUAGGAGAAACUGCUCAGGCUAUAAUUGUGGAAAAGUAUAUUUCGUGGGAUUUAGCUGUAAUUAAGGUUGUCUCUUCAGGUGAUGGUAAGGUUUAUGACUAUCCAUAA